ACUCCGCCUCUCCACUGUCCCUGCCUCGCGCUCAUAGUCUCACUGCCCCUCUCCAGAGCAGCGGACGGAGCCCACCACCAUUCGUCGCUGCUGCUGCUGCUGUUGUUUUUCUGUGCUGAUCUACUGAUAUAAUGGCUUCCGAUGGUAUGGAUGAACGAUCCCCAUUGUUGUCAGCACCGAACUCGGGGAAUGUCACACCCACCGCACCCCCGUACCUGCAGGACCCGAACCAGAGAGCCGAAUUACCUCCACCCUACACAGCCAUUGCCAGUCCAGAUGCAGGGGGAGUGCCUGUCAUUAAUUGUCGAGUGUGCCAGUCUCUUAUCACUCUGGAUGGCAAACUCCAUCAGCAUGUGGUGAAGUGUACCGUCUGCAAUGAAGCCACGCCUAUAAAAAAUCCACCAACAGGAAAGAAGUAUGUUAGAUGUCCUUGCAACUGCCUGCUAAUCUGUAAAGACACGUCUAGGAGGAUAGGAUGCCCUCGGCCCAACUGCAGACGGAUCAUCAACCUGAGCCCUGUGAUGGUGAUCCCAGAGGAGCAGCCCGCCCAGCCAGCUCUACCAGUCCAGCCUGAGGGCAUGCGUGUGGUCUGCGGCCACUGCGGCAACACAUUCCUUGGAAGCGAUGAUGAGUGGUCCCAGUCUGCCUCAGGCCUGGCUAUUCGCGGCCCCUCUGAUCUUUUCAAGUGGAUGGAGCUCCGAUUCAAUACACUGGCCAAGUGCCCACAUUGCAAAAAAAUCUCUUCUGUAGGCAGUGCUCUACCCAGAAGGCGCUGCUGUGCCUACAUUACAGUAGGAAUGAUCUGCAUUUUCAUUGGUAUCGGUUUAACGGUGGGCACUCAGGACUUCGCCAGGCGUUACCACGCUACUUACGUGUCCUGGGCCUUCGCAUAUCUCCUGGGUCUCAUCUGUCUGGUACGAGCCUGCUAUUGGGGAGUGAUUAAAGUCAGCUAUCCAGAGAACACCUUUGCAUAGACAAGACAAAGCGUCCAUCCUUCAAGUCCUUUAGUGUUUGUUUUUCUCUUGAUCUGAACAGGUUAACCGUUGGAUGCUUAGUCCUGUUACAAGAGUUUAAGAAUCCAGGGGAUUUAGGUACCUUCAAAUGUUUUCAGAUUGAGUUAUUGAUUAGCUCUUAUAUUUCUCUUACUGAUUUGAACCCGCAAUAUGAUUACUUGAGGAAUUAAAGUGAAAUCAGUGAUUCUAAAACUAGAAAAAUAAUACGAAUAAUCCAUUUGUGGUACGCCUCUUGGAUUUGUCAUGGUGAGUGGAUAUCGAACAUAUUUUACGUACUGCAUUUUGUUACCAACUUGACCAAAAGAGAUGAUCUUCUAUGAACAAUUUGCCCAUUGCACUACAAUUUUAUGCAAUUCUUCUGUUGUGUUGCUGCUAGUUACCACACCUGUUGUGAGCUGAGAGAUGUUAUGUUUAGAAAGCCUGCCAGCACCCACGGUGGCACUAUCCGUUAUUUGAAAAGUUCAGAUAUAUUUAACUGUUCUUAAAAUCCUGUGCCAACAUUUUUUGUUGUUUAGUAUCCGUUAGGGGAUCUCCCUCUGAUGAAAUUUUGCAGUAUUUCCAAACUCAUUUUGGCCGCUCAAACUCACUGUGAGCAAUAGUCAUGCAUUUUUUGUGGCUUUAAAAGAAGAACAGCAUGUACACAGUUACUGGACCUCUAAAACGAAUAUUCCAGGUUCAAUACAUGUUAAGCUUAUUCAGCAACACUUAUGGCAUAAGAUUGAUUGAUUAGCAGUGUUGGGGAAGGUUACUUUUAAAAGUAAUGCGUUACAAUAUUGUGUUACUUCCUAAAAAAGUAACUAACUGCGUUACUUAGUUACUUUUUAUGGAAAGUAAUGUGUUGCAUUACUUUCGCAUUACUGAUUCUCAUCUGGGCUGGGCUGUUUGUUUGUUUGUUUCUCUCAGCAUGUGGACAGGAGAGCUGUCAGUCAAUAAAUGGGAGAACAAAGGAAUUUGCGUUAUUUAUUUGAAAAAGUAACAGAUAUUUUGUUGUAAAUUUAAAAGCAAUGUGUUACUUUACUAGUUACUUGAAAAAAGUAAUCUGAUUACGUAACUUGCGUUACUUAUGUUACUAAGCCAUAAUUAUGAGGUCAAAAGUCAAAAUUAUGACAUACCAAGUCAUUAUGAGAUAAAAAAAAAUUAAAUUGACAUACCAAGUCAUAAUCAUGAGAUAUAAAGUUAAAAUUAUGACAUACUAAGCCAUAAUUAUGAGAUCAAAAGUCAAAAUUAUGAUAUACCAAGUCAUUAUGAGAUAAAAAAAAAAAAUUAAAUUGACAUACCAAGUCAUAAUCAUGAGAUAUAAAGUUAAAAAUGACAUUCUAAGCCAUAAUUAUGAAAAAUGUCAAGAUAAAAAGUUAAAAUUGACAUACUGAAUCAUAAUGAUUAAGUCAUAAUUAUGACUUUUUAUGUCAUAAUUUUGACUUGGUUUGUGAUCAUUUCAACUUGGGGUAUCAUAAUUUUUACUUUUUAUGCCAAAAUUAUGACUUUCAAGUUCAAAAGAACAGCAUGUAUUUAAAAGUUUUUUUGUUUUUGUUUUUUGUAAUAAUGUAAAAGACUAUACUGUCACUAUUGGUCAAUUUAAUACAUCCUUGCUAAAUAAAAAUAUUUAAAAAAUCUAAAUGACCCCAAACUUUUGAACGGUACUGUACUACUCUUUCUGUGUUCAAUUUUACAGCUUCAUUGCCAUGAUAAUGUAACACCUAAAACUCUUUAAAACACUUUAAAAAUGAUUUAAAAAGCUCAAAUAAUACACAAUUUUUAACAUAAAAAAAUUGACAUUCACUUCCAUUAUAAGUGCCUCACUAUAACCUUGAUUUUUGCUGUUUUUUAAAGAAAACGAGGGAAGAGUCAAAAAUAUAUAUUUCUGUGGUAAUCAACAUUAUGCCACAAAUGCUGUGGAUUGACCUUAACUUGUAUUGAACCCAGAAUAUUCCUUUAAUUUCACUCAUUGAUCGGAAUAAUGACACUUGGUGAAUGGGAAAUGACAUGCAUGAUUUAAUUUGAUUCUUUUGUACUCGGAAGCAGUGUUUUAAUAGUCUGUUACUGACGGGCACAGUGGAAGUGUUACGCCAUGUGUCUAGUGCUCUUUCCUGUGUGUAGAAUGUAAACGCCCCACUGCUACCCGCCUAAUUCCACAACUCACUACAACCUUGCUAGUAUUGCUGUAGCUUACAUUUACAGUAGUUCUGUAUUUUGUCAAGACAAAUGGAGAUAACUAUACUAUCUAAACUUGUUCUGAAUGUGACAAGCCAGUGAAGUCCUUGUACAUAGGAAACUGAGCACAUAAAGUCUGUAGUUCAAGUUGGAAUAUGGCUUGGGUCUUUUUAAAACAAUAAUUUCUCAAUAAAACAGAAAAAUAUAA